UGCACAAAGUACGAACAGAUCCCGCGACUAGGACUGACCGGCCACAACAUUAAUGAUUCGCGAUACCCGGAUACGUUCCUCAAAAGGUGUUUUCUCACAUUAGUUACAAAACGAGUAUGUGAUUAGAUUACGCGUAAAAUAAAUAUUUUUCGUAGUGUUUCUUUUUGUGACUAACAAACAUGUACAAGACGGUGAGACACGGCGAGAACAGCCUUCAGUAUACUAUAUUGCCACAAACGGAAGAAAUCCUUAAUAACAGUGGAUUGAAAGGCAAAGGCCGUGAUUAUAGUCCCUCUAUUCAUGUAAGACGUUCAAGGAGAAAGUCUGCUUUAAAAUAUAUUUUGUUAAUAAUAGUCGGAAUAAUAAUUGCACUAGCUUUUGCAUCUGUUCCACUUUAUGUUCUUAAUGGUGCGCUCUAUGCUCGAAGAAUUCACCACGAUCACCAUGAAAUUAUGACUUCAGCGCCAUUGACACCAGCGGGGAGAGAAAUUGUAAAAUCACGAAAAAAGGAACUCAAAAUUGCAGCUGAAAUCUUAUCAACCAUAACUCCAAAAUUAGAAUCAAGUGUAGCUCCAUCGACUUCGACUACUACUACUUCCUCCACAACAAUCCCAACUACAAUAAUUAGCGAAAGAGCAACCACACCACCUUGGACUAUGCCUGCUUUAAGAUCUUGGAAAUUUUCUACCUCUUCUACAACUAUACAACCGAUACCAACAGAAGAUAAUGAAGAAAUUCCUUUAGUAGGAACCCCAUCUGGUAGUGUGCGCUUAUUAGACAAUUACAUGUCAAUGUCAAUGAAGCCUUGGGAAAAAGAUAUAAUUAUAAAACCUACCAUAACACCUGAACCAAUCACUAUCCGGAAUGUUUUUAGAUAUUAUUCCCGUACAUUCAAGCCGUCGGAGGAACCAGUUACUAUAAACUCAAAGUUAUUUGAUGACGUAUUAAUUACUACAAAAUCUACGACCACCCAAACUCCUAUGACUACUGAGUUAGUUAAAACAACUGAAAAGUCAAUCAUGAAAGAUUUGAAAGAUACACUAUUAUCAGUAGAUGACGAUGAAGAAUUUAAAGAAUCUUUGGAAGAAGACGAAGUUUUUUCCCUACCGCCUUUAAAGCCGGACUCCGUGGCGCCAGGAACAGAUUCAGACGAAGUAACAGUUGCGAAAGCGACUGACAACGGCUGGUACGGUGCGAAGUGGCCAUUCGUCGAUACGUCAUCUUACUUCCAAUGGACGGGAUACUCUCCUGGAGAUAAUCUGCUUCUACCGCUACUGGUUGCGGCGUUAUCCUCAAUCGUUUUAGUGCUGCUCCUGGCGUUCGCUGUGAGACGCCGCAAGAGGACUACAACGGCAUCAGCUCAAAUUGGUAAGUUAACCGCCGACCUACAAGCGGAUGACAACACUAACCUAUUGACCGCAGAGAAUCCAGAAGAGAUCGAAGAGUGAGGUCAUUAAGUACUAUGUUUCCAACAGAUUGCCUCGUGUACUUACAGAAAGAUUGGCCGAAUAGAAUGGCUUGAAGGUUACUUUUAUAGAGAUCGGCUUUGAAUUUUCGUGCACACAUUAUAUUAAAAUUUUUGUCAAUAAUUGUAUACUCAUAUCAUAUCACUAAAUGCAUUCUAGCUUAUGUUUGAUGUUAUAAAAAUUAUCUAUACAUAAUUAUGAAAAAAAGUCUAUCUUGCGUUUUGCAUUUUGGCGCCUUAUUGAUUAUAUUAAUAUAAGGCAUUCAACUUAAUCAAAUAUCUCUGCUAUAAAUAACGUUAAAUAAAGGAAUUGAAAGUAAAUAUUAAUUGGUUUCAAGAAGCUUUCAUUUGCAUAGCUUGCCUUUAACCUCGAUUGUACAUAAGGAGCUCAAAGCACCUUGUAAUGAUUUAGCCGCCUUACUGUAGUUUCUUAACAAUUAAGAAGACCUUACCUUAAGGUCUUACAUACCCAUCAUAUUUUAAACUUUCAGUGUCUAUUGUUUGUAUAUAAUGGAAGGUAAGCUAGGCUUUGUUCCCGAAAGCCAACAUUGCAAAUUCAGAGAUACGAUAUAAUAUUGUAGAAUAUUUGAUUACCAUUUAGAAGCAGCGGAGCAAACUGCCAUCUGCUCUCACAAAAUACCAGCUCAAUAAAAAAAUAUUGUAUUUUUUAUCAAGAUCUAAAUUUUUCUACUUUAAAAAGAAUUUUCAAACAAGUGUUUGUUCCUAUCAGAGCAGUGAUUGAAAUGUGUAAUUAUUGUAUAUGCUUCUGUCAACUAUCUACGUCGGUUCAAAAUCUCUGAAUAUACAUAACAACUACCUACGUAUUAUUUCAUAUCUCUGAAAAUUUCAAGUGUGACUCGUCAGUAUUAACGAAUCCCUGUGGUAUAUCAAAGUAAGCGUAUUUAGUUUAUAUAGUCAAAUAGGUUAAGAGUGAAAUUUAAUAUUGAUCUUGGUGUUUCUAUUUCAGUGUAUCAUUAUUCAUCAAAUAUAUUUUUCAAUAUCGUUUUAAUAUAGACAUAAGACUGAUAUAGGAUUGCGUUGUUCAGUAGUGAAAUGAUUGUUUUCAACCUAUUUUUGUAACGGCACUAUUCAUUUCAAAUUUAUUAUUGUGUGUUAUAAAUAUAUAAAUGUAGUUAGUAUUGUCUUGGAAUGUGUGUGUAUGAAGUUGGCUAUAGCUAGUUAGAAAAUGAUAUAUGGAACCGUUUUGAAAUUUCAAAGAAUCGUAAAAGGGCGCUAGAGAGCUAAUAAAAACAUUAAAACACGGCCAAUUUUAAUAGUAUUUAUCCAACAAUAGCAUUGUAAUACUACAAUAAAAUUAAUACAUUCUUGGUCUGCACUGACAUUUAAAGGAGCGACAUCUAGCGGAUUUCUAGCUUUGCCCUCAUAAAUUACGAACGUGAUUGGAAUUAAUCAGUUUUAAGCGCCUGAUAUGCAUACAAAACACUAUCAAGUCAUUAUCACGCUAGUAAUAUUUUAUAUGAAACAAAUGUAUAUCGCACACUAUAUACUGAUAGAUGUUAAGUUAGUUAGCUUUUGUGUCAGAAUAGUUUUUGGAGCAAUGAGAUUAUUUUUUAAGCUGGAACACCCACCAUGUACAUAAACAAUAAAAUAAAUUAUGUUUUCC